GAAUCCCCCCAUAAAAAACCCCCCUCUCCCACCCCAAACCCAAAUCUUUCUUCGUUCGUUUCCGCCGAGAACCCACCACUCCCUCUCACCGGCGCUGUUUUCUCUUCCGCUUCGAACAAGCGCAGAUCGAAAUCGAAAAGGAAAGAUAAAAGAAUGGCUCAAAGAGAGAAAGAGGAGACCGAAUUCAAGGUCCCCGAAACCCUAACCCUCUGCAUCAACAACUGCGGAUUCCCCGGCAACCCCACCACAAAUAACAUGUGCCAGAACUGCUUCAAGGCCUCCGCCGGGGUCCUUACGCCCCUUAAGUUCUCGGGAAAGGACAAGCCCAGAUCCAGCUCGGUCCGAUCGCCGGAGAGAUCCGACCGUCCGGCGGAGACGCGGAUUUUUAAGGAGGUGACGAAGCGCGAUACGACGGCGGCAUCUGAGGCGGCGUCAGCCGCGGUGGUGAAGCGAGAGGUAAACCGCUGCUCGGGUUGCCGGAGGAAGGUGGGGUUGACUGGGUUCAGGUGUCGGUGCGGGGAGCUGUUCUGUUCGGAGCACAGGUAUUCCGACCGGCACGAGUGCAGUUUCGAUUACAAGGCUGCCGGUCGGGAGGCGAUCGCGAGGGAAAACCCGGUGGUUAAAGCUGCCAAGAUCGUUAGAGUCUGAGGAUAAUUAAGGGCAAAAAAGGAUCGUGUGAUUGUGAAGAAGAAAACUUAAGGACGUGUGCAGAAUUGGAGACUCGAUCUCGUGACCUCUGGUUACGCCGCUCUCGACCGACUAAUUGCGAGCGAGAGACGAGAGAGAGAAAGAGAGACAGAGACAGAGAAAGAGGAGAUUUGUGGAACUGUGAACAAAAAGUAUAAUGAAUUUCUCUCUGGUUUACCUUGUUUUUAUUUUUAUAUUAUAAAAAAAUUAUUUUAUUCUCUAUAUUUCUUGUGAUUUGCUUCUGGUUUAAUUUUCUGUUCGGUUCA